CAUAAAGAAACCCUCUUUUACACUCGUUAUAUACGAGUGUCAAUCACUCUCGUCGGAAAGCUACAAUCUCAACCUUAACUGGGGCUGGUUGUCCGAGUCUUUUCCUGGAAGGGAAGAAGAAAAACGAUAGGACAGAGUGAGUGGGAGGAGGAGGGAGUCAAGGAGCUGGUCGUUGUCCCUCCGAGGAUGAUGCUGAGGAUUACUUGCCCCUGCAUUGUCCUUUUAUGCUGUUCCUUCUCUCUCCACGCACUCAGUCUCAGUGCAACUUGUCCUUCCAAAGUCUUGGUCCACCCGCAUCAGCAUCCCAAGCCAGACGCUGUCGUCCACGAUGUGAACAGAAGGGUGAACGAAUCCGUCGCCAGAAGGCAGCUCCUUGCGGUCCACGUAAAGGACCAGUGCUUGACGGGCAAUCCCAUCGACGACUGCUGGCGGUGCGACCCGAACUGGGAGUCGAACCGUGAGCACCUAGCCGACUGCGCGAUCGGGUUCGGCCGCGAGGCACUCGGCGGCAGGGGGGGCAACGUCUACGUCGUGACGGACCCGUCCGACCCAGACCCGGAGAACCCGCCCCCCGGCACGCUCCGGUACGGUGUCAUCCAAGCCGGACCCCUCUGGAUCGUCUUCUCUGAUCAAGUGGUACUUUACCUGCUAAACUGGUUCAACAUUUUUCCUUUUUCCCACCUAGGUAAUAUGGUAAUCAAUCUCAAGUAUGAGCUUCUUAUCAGCAGUUUCAAGACCAUCGACGGCCGAGGCGCCAAUGUGGAGAUAACAGGUCGCGGUUGUUUGAUCAUCGACGCCGUCACCAACAUCAUCGUCCACAAUGUGCACAUUCACCACUGCAAGCCUUCCGACGAUGCCAAGAUCCGGAUCAGCCCGACGCAAGUUUCCGCGAGGGGAAAAUCGGACGGCGACGGGAUAUCCAUUCUCGCGUCGUCAAAAAUCUGGAUCGACCAUUGUGCCCUGUCGUAUUGCACGGACGGUCUGAUCGACGUCACCGAAGGAUCUACAGCAGUCACGAUAUCCAACAACGUAUUCACCCACCACGAUAAGGUGAUGCUGCUGGGCCACAGUGACGAUUUCACGGCCGACUCGGGGAUGCAAGUGACUGUUGCGUUCAACCACUUUGGCGAAGACCUAACGGAGAGGAUGCCGCGGUGCCGGUUCGGAUACUUUCACGUGGUGAACAAUGACUACACACAGUGGGGUAUGUAUGCUGUCGGAGGGAGCGCCGGUCCGACCAUUAAUAGUCAGGGGAAUCGGUAUAUCGCGCCGCAGGACGAUAUCAACAAGCAGGUGACGAAGCGAAUGGACACAGAUGAGAGCGAGUGGAGGAAAUGGAAUUGGAGAUCGGAAGGCGAUCUGAUGGUGAACGGCGCUUACUUUGUGACCUCCGGUGCGGACAUCAGCCCCCAGUAUGCUGAGGCCUCUAGCAUGUCGCCAUUGUCGGCAAACUUCAUCGAUCUGCUCACUGCGGGUGCUGGUGUCUUAGUUGCACAGAGGAGCGAUGCCGGGACAGUGACGAAUCCCCCUCCCGGGUCAAGCGGCGGGGGGGUCGUGACAAACCCCACCACUCCCGGGUCAAGUGGCGGAGGAAUCGUGACGAAUCCCACCACUCCUGGGUCAAGCGGCGGGGGGGUUGUGACGAACCCUACCACUCCCGGAGGGUCAAGCGGCGGGACCGUGAUGAAUCCCGGGACGAGUGGCGGAGAUGGAAGCUAUUGGUACCCAGGACAGGGAUCGAGCGGAACCGUGCCCGGAACCAGCAUUUGGGGAUAUCCCUCCAACGGCAUCAACUAUGGCUCCACAUACGGAAGUGACGCUGGAACGGCACUUGCCCCCAUGAUCACGGUCAUCGCCAUAUCUGCCAUAGCUAUUAUAGCAUUCUUACAGCAAACUCCCCUCUAACGCAACAAGCGCUGUAGAAUCUAGAAUAGGUAAAUUACAGUCAAUCCGGCUAAUUGUGGUUAAAGGAUUUGCGUAGAGCUUUCGCCUCUUCUUUUUUGCAGCAUUUGGGUCUUAGCAAACAAUUGUGGGAUCAACAUGUUAGAGACAGUGCUAGGAAAAUGUACAGCUACCGUAAACUGUCCUACAUAUGAGCCCUGCCAAUGUUUUUGCAUUUAGUAGGAAGUGACCUUCUUUUUCCCU